AUGUUUGCCCCACCUCAACCCUCUUCGACUCCAGCCCAUGCCCGCGAUGAGAACACACCCUAUCGAUCAUCCUCCGUCGGCCUGCUUCAGGAACGUGUAAAAGCCUUGCAACGCGCUCCGUCACCCGCACCGCCAUUGAUGCCCGCUCUCGCACGCGGUCCUUCAACGAAGCCUCUGACCGCCCUCUCAGCGUCCCCAGCCACGACCCGACGACAACCCUUUACCGCCGUGACCAACGUCAUCAUCACAGACGGCUCGCCCCGCAGAAUUGCAAAACCUUCGUCGAGCGCAAGACCCUCGUUGCUGGUACAACUGCCGACGAGCGACCAUCAAGACCCGGACGACCACGCCGAAGCACGUGAUGCUCGCGACGGCGGCCACGGUUCGCAGUCCCAGCUCGACUUCGAUUCGAACGAGACCUCGAUCAUGCCAACCCCACCUAAUAGUCAAAGUCCUCAGCGAGCGGUGCCAAAGACCAGCAAAUCUCGACUGUCACAGGCGGCGGAAGCGGUUGCAGGAUCGUCCCGGCCGAGGCGCUCGAGCACUCAGGUCAGCAUGUUUUCGCCCAAAGAUGACGCAUUAUAUCUUUGCUGACCCGACCCAUUUUGCCUGUAGCUUCUUGCCCCACCUUCGACCACAGUAGAUCUCGAGACGAUUCAGGUCACCGCGGCUCACAAGACCAAACCCACCCGGCGGCGCAGCUCGACCUCGGCGUCACCACUCCCUUCGCCCCAAGCCGGUGCGACCAACCGCAGACGAUCGUCGGGUACAUCACGCGCUUCGCCCAAAUCAACGGCAACCACGUUCAAGACGACGCCGAGAGGCAAGGGAACGGGGGCGAAGCGACGGAGAAGCUCGUUUGUCCCCGUCCCGAGCGAAAUCUUGCCCGUCUCCGUCCACCACCACCCCGAGAGCGACAGCGACGACCCCAUCUUGCUCAAGGGCAGCGACGAGACACGCGGCAAAGGCGAAGGAAGACCUCGGAGCGAGAGCGUAGAUGUGCCAGCCGAACAAGCUUCGUGGCGAUCGCAGUCCACAUCAUCGAGGCUUAGAUCACGCACGAGCAGUGUGGCAAGGUCGCGACGAGUGUCAACCAAGGGCCAGCAGUAUAGCGAUGCCAGUCAGCUCGACAUCGAGGUCAGGCAGCUGUCCACAGUAUCACCAGAGCGUCAAACGCCGCGCGAAGCAGAGCCGUAUGAUUGGAACGACAUGGACUUGGUACCACUCGGAUCCGGCACCAUCGACGAAGGUCUCGGCAACGGAUUUGACGACAGUCAUGGGACCAAAGUCCAGGAGGAAGUAGAAGACUCUUCUGAUUAUGGCGGGAUGGAACACGACUGGAUCCCUGACGAGAUCGUCGAGCCGGUCAAUCGGUUCGACUUUCUCGCACUACGGGAUCAAGAGAGUGACGAGGAUGACGUCGAAGAUGAAAUUAUCGACCCGGCUGUCCACCAUGCCAAUGGACUUCGGGUGAACGAAGGCGACCAACCCCAGGCAACCGAAGAUGAUGGCAACGAGUACUUUGGUCUUGGGCGCGCGCCCAUGUCGCCUCCGCUCACGCAAUCACAGUCGCUGCGCAUCCCGACACCCCCUCCCGGAGCCGUCGAUUCCGAGAUCUCGCUGAGGGACCGCUCCACUUCGCCUCCCCGGAUUUUCUCCUCUCUCAAUCCUGCUCGUGUCGACCUCUCUUCGGAACCUUCAAUGUUCCUCGGGUCGCCCUUCAGCCAGCUGCCGAGCAUGCGACCGAGGUCGCGAGAUCCUUAUCACGACCCCAAACCCUCGACUGUCGGUGAUACGGUCUCGCCCAGUGGUGGAUCACCGGUCCGACAGAACUUGGCUGCGCGUCUUGCGGAACUGCUAUCUCCAGUGCGUAAGACGGCUAAGGUCGAGUCCGUCUCCCCGAUGCGACCGACCCCCGCCGUCUCCGCCGUCUCGCCCUCGACGGCUGAGCCUCUUGCAGCGGCUUCUUCGAGCGAACGUCCGACGGCCAUGCGAAGCGCCAGAGAAACGUCACUGAAUGUCAGCCGAACUGUUAGUCCGUUCUCGCAGAUAAAUGCGCUCUUGGCGACUACGCGGCCCUCUGCCGCCCCAGAGCUGCCGCCGUCUCCUGCGCGGGUCGAAGUCGAAGCCGAGGAGGAAGAGCAGGAGCAGGAAGAAGAGCGGUUCGAGGCUGCAGAGGAGCCCGCGCCACCGGUGCAGAGUUCAUCCGGUCCUACCUCCCGAAGCGACGCCAUGAGCCCGCUGAGCUUUCAGGAGGACGUCAAACCCGACGUCUUUUCGGCUGGCUUCACCCAUCGUCGCUCGCCCCUUUCCUCGUCUUCCCACGUGCCUCAAUCCGAAGACCUCGCUCCCGACGAACUGUCGACCUUGCCCUUGGAUCGCGCCGAAGGAUCGCCCAUGGAUCAGACGACUCCUACGCGGACCGCGUCGAACGCCGUCGACGUCCACAUGAGCAGCCCUUCGCCGAUUCGACCUGUGCUCUCCAGCCUUGCCGGCCUGUCCCCUCGGGCGGCCGAGUUGGCGUCUUCGACACCCGAGCGUCGCCACGCUUCCCCGAUUCGCACCCUGUACCAAUCGACUUCCAAGAUACCCGCGUCGGUCGAGCGAUUGCAGAGCAGCGGCAAGGUCCAAAGGGGGAUCGAUAUGUUGCGCCAAGUGCUGUUCGUCGGCGCGAGCAAGGUCUCAUCACCGCGUCUUGAACCCCACGCCGGCCCAUCUCGAUCGACUCCCGUCCCCUCGGCGCGUAGCACUCGAGCGUCGAUGACCUCUUCUCAAAGCAGCCACCGUGCGCCUCGACCUUCCCACCCGACUUUUCCGGUCGUCGAGAUCACUUCUCCGGAUCCGCAGGCUGCUGCGCGAGCCGCUGCGAUCCUCAAGGUUUACCACUCGUACGUCGAACAGGGAAUCUCGGUCCAGUUGCCGCCCAUCGAAGGGCCGCCGAUCGUCGACGAGAACGACGUUCGCCGAUUACUCAAUCGAGCCGAGGGCGAAGUCUUGAGAACCGUCAAGAAGGUCUCUACAGUGCCCAGCAUGGACUUGCGCCGAAAGACGCUGAGCGUGCGUGCCACGAGCGAAGGCGGGCGAUCGACCACCGAAUCGUGGACCUCGGUGGAGUGGAGGGCCUUGGAGAAAGCCUUGGUCGAGCAUGAGCGGGAAACGAGGCAGACGGGAGAGCCCGUCAAUUUUCGAACGGUCAUCAUGAAGUUUUUAGAUCGCGUCCAUGUGCACGAGACUGAGCUUGUAGGGGACUGGUCGAGGUGCGUUUUCCAUGCUAUUUCUAUUGUGUUUACUGUGCUGACCUGCAUUCUUCUGCUACACGCUCGACAGAGAGAAGAUGGUGACGCGCAUUACGGCACUGCGGGCUCGUCGCUCACAGACGCGCUCCUUGCGCUCUCAUUCAGUCGCCUCGACUUCCGAGCCCUCUCAAGGCCGCGUCGCUACGCUCGACCUCGAGCUCUCUCGCGCGGUCAACAAGGGAAAGCAGCGCGAGGUCUUGCCUCCGUCCGUGCCCGCUUCGGAGUUGUCAGACGACGACGGCCCCGAACACGACGCCGAAGACGACACCUUCUUCAGUCGUGGCCCUCGUCAGCUCAAGCUCCGCACGGAGAUCGAGAUCCGGCCGCUCGAGGAGGGCGAAGACGAGGAGGAAGAGCUGCCCAUCGUCCCACCCCUGGCUCUCGCCAGCAGUCGCUUUGCAUACCUUUAUGACGACGCGCCGAUCGAGAAGCCCAAGCUCCCCUCGCAGUCGUGGGGGCUCACCGACGAAAGCGAACGAGAAGGCACACCCGCGCCCCGUGAGGUGGAUCAAGCGGAGCAAGAGUGCCCACCCAGCACGGCGCGCAAAUUGAUGAGAUACCUCGGUUCUUUCGUGCGACGAUCACCCUCUGCACCAGCACAACAAGACGACAGUGGUCGAGCGGACGAGUCGUACACCACUUCCUCGUCGGGCAGUCCCGGACCCGAGAUGGCCGAACGAAGGGUUUGGUCCGAGGACGUUCAGCCCUUGCGCUUCACCGACAUGUCGAUCCCGCGCGAGACCGUCACCGACUCGGGUCGCAAGAUUGUACCCCUCCGUCCAUCCUUAUUUGAUCCCCCAGCCGCCUACGUUGAAAAGGAGAUGACGCUUGGUCGCCGUCGCAGCGUCACGGAGCUGAUCGACGCUUUGGAGGAACAAGAGAACUCGCGCGAAGAGGAAAGUCGAGUGAUUGAAGAGAUGGUGAGGAAGCGCAAAGCGCCUCCGGGGGACUUGCGAGCCAAGACCACGAGCUCGAUUGCGGUCGCUUAUCACGCGAGCGGGUCGGCACCUCUGCAGCGUGAUAAGACGACGACCACGCCUUCGACCGUUUACAUGAGCAGUCCUAGGAUGAUUCCGAGUGGGACACGGGCGACGGAUCGACCGCUGGGCGAAAGACCCAAGUCGAGGUUGGGCAUGGUCUAG